GGGGGACACCGGUCCGGACCCUUUGUCUGAGCGGCCGGCGGGGUGUCGCGGCGGCCCCACGCGAGGCGCGGCCAGGCGGUGCCGGGAGCCUCCACCCCCGGCCCACCCUGCCCGGGCUCAUCAUGUGACGCGGGACUGAAGUGGAUCUAGGGACAAAUGGAUGACUGAAUAUUCAUAUGAAGAGGAAAGCCAUAAAAGACAUCAGCGCCUUUGAGAACAGAAUGUUAAUGCUUGAUGGGAUGCCGGCAGUCAGAGUCAAAACAGAGUUGCUGGAAUCCGAGCAAGGGUCUCCAAACGUCCACAACUACCCAGAUAUGGAUGCUGUACCCUUGUUACUAAACAACAUGAAGGCCGACCCCACGGAGGAUUCAUUAUCUGCAGACCAUUUCCAAACACAGACUGAACCAGUGGACUUGUCAAUAAACAAAGCCAGGUCGUCCCCUACAGCAGCCUCAUCUUCACCGGUUUCCAUGACAGCAUCAGCCUCCUCCCCUUCUUCUACUUCUUCUUCUAGUCGGCCAGCUUCAUCCCCCACUGUAAUAACAUCAGUCUCCUCAGCAGCAUCUGUACCGUCAGUAUUAACUCCAGGUCCUCUUGUGGCCUCUGCAUCAGGUGUUGGAGGCCAGCAGUUUUUGCACAUUAUCCAUCCAGUACCACCUUCAAGUCCCAUGAACUUGCAGUCCAACAAAAUGAGUCACGUGCACCGUAUCCCCGUGGUGGUACAGUCGGUACCUGUUGUCUAUACAGCUGUGAGAUCACCUGGGAAUAUGAACAACACUAUAGUAGUACCACUGUUGGAGGAUGGGAGAAGCCAUGUCAAAGCACAAAUGGACCCCCGAGGCCUAUCUCCCAGACAAAUUAAAAGUGACAGUGAUGAUGACGACCUGCCAAAUGUGACCUUAGAUAGCGUUAAUGAAACUGGAUCUACAGCGCUCUCCAUAGCCAGAGCAGUACAAGAAGAGAGCAUGUGGGGCUGUGCCAGGUCAGCUGUUAACCCUUUUCGUUUUUUCAACUCCAGUUCAAUUUCGCCGUUCAGUAUUGAGAGCACAAGGCGUCAGAGGAGGUCUGAGUCUCCAGACUCCAGGAAGCGGCGCAUCCAUCGGUGUGACUUUGAGGGGUGCAACAAAGUAUACACAAAAAGCUCCCACCUGAAGGCUCACCGGAGAACGCACACAGGAGAAAAACCCUACAAGUGUACCUGGGAAGGCUGCACCUGGAAGUUUGCUCGAUCCGAUGAACUGACGAGGCAUUACCGCAAGCACACGGGAGUGAAGCCAUUCAAGUGUGCAGACUGUGACCGCAGCUUCUCCCGCUCGGAUCACUUGGCGCUCCACCGCCGCAGGCACAUGCUGGUUUGAGAAACGCUACCUGUUCCAGCUGAGUUUAAGAGCUGGGUCUCUUAACUACCCGCAGUGAAUUCAGCAGGGCUGAAUCCCCCUCUACAGUGUUAACAGGCAGGGCUUUCCCUGAUGUCUGUAACAGAAAGUAAUAACAGAAAUUUACAAAAAGCAGGAAAAGAAGUGCCACUCUUCUCCUCGCCAUCUGAAGUUAACCCUGUCUGCCCCUCAGCAUGGCUACCCCCUGAAAGUGUCAUCACAAUCACCUGGGAAAUAGCAGCCGAGAUGCUACAGGAACGGGCAUUAUUUUACAUGCUGCAUCCUUUGACAAAAAAUGUUUAUAGCUUGUAUGUUUUCUCAGCUGCCAGACAUUUUGUUCCUGAAAAAUCACUGCUGACUGGAGGAUAGAUACUGAUAGGACUGAUGAUGAUGAUGAUGAUGAUGAUGAUGAUGAUGAUGAUGAUAAUGGUGAUGAUGAGAGCAAGACCGCUAGAUCUGUGUUAUGCCAUCUUUUCCCCUUGUUUUCAAUACCAUCUGGCUGGUGUCAGCACUGCACCAGAGCUGUGCUACAGACAAGCUGCGUGUGAAUAGGCAAGAAGAUUCUGCUGGAGAGGUCCCGCUGCCAGAGCUGGAGGGUUGCUUGAUCAGACUUCUGCAAUAAUGAUGGUGGCAUUUUAAUAUCAUACACAUUUUGUCAUUAUGCCCUAGAGGACACCAGCCAUUUAACCUUUUUCUUUCAUCUUUUUUUUCCUUCUUUUCUUUCGUUGUUGUUGUUGAAGUCUGUGAAGUAAGCAAAGGGCAGCAGCAUAUCUGCUGAAAUACCAUAUUAAGUAUCUGUAUCUUACCAUGGACUUAUUUAGAUCCAUUUUCUGAUUUGUAUAGAAAGACCCCACCUGAAAACAACUACCCUA